AGUGGAGAGUGGACGCCACAUUCGCCGCCACAAGUAGCGAAGCCGGCGUGUGAGGAAGGAACGUUCGUCGUUCACCGAAUUUAUCGAGCUUGUUCACUUACGAUCGACAUACGCAUCCGGCACCAUGGUUGGCGUCGACGAAUUAUUCAUAUCCGGCCUCGUGUAUGAAUAUUUAUUGAAGAAAGACGCGUCGUUGGCGGCGGUCUUUCAGAAAAAGACAAACGCGCCUUCCCUCUCAAAAGGAUGCCCGACGUUAAUAGAAGUGUUUAGAUAUUUCCAAAAGGGCUCUCCAAAGAAAGUCUCAGUGAUCGCGCAAAAUAAAAAGAGCAGCUCGGAUUCGAGUUCGGAAAGUGAAGAGGAGACGGGAAAGAAUGUUGCACAAGUCAACGGCAAGAAAUCGGUAAUUGAGACAGUGCCUCUUAAGAAGGUAGCAGAAUCUUCCUCGGAAGAGUCUUCCAGCGAGGAGGAAGAAGAAGAGGAAGCACCAGCUCAAAAAGUAACGAAGAAAGGGAGUAAAAAUGCCAAGGCACCUGUGCAGAAAGCGGAGAGUUCUGAUGAAAGUUCUGAUGAUCCUGAGGAAUCGCCAAAAGUUCAAACGAAAUCUGUGCAAGAAGCAAAAACGAAUAAGAAAGUAAAAUCUGCUCCUCUCAUGAAGGCAGCAAAGGCAGUUUUAAAAGCGGUUCAGUCAUCCGACAAAAAUUCAUCUGAAUCAUCCUCAAAUGAUUCAUCUUCCAGUAAUUCAGCUAACAAUCAAUUAGGAAAGCCAAAACAGACUAUCAAACAGUCGGCACUCAAGACGUCCACCCCAAAAGCGGCCAAAACACAACCACAAAAACAGAAUAAACCGACACAAGCUGCAAAAGCAGAAUCAUCGAGCGAGGAAGACAGCAGCGAGGAGGAACCAAUGCCGAAAAAACUGGUUCAAAGUAAAUCGGCAGUGCCAGCAAAGCAAACUGCCAUGGAAGAAUCUUCGAAUGACGAUAGCAGCGAGGAGUCUGUUCAGGAACCAACUUCAACAACCGCCACUAAGAAUCCAACUCCGGCAGUCGCCGCUAAAAAAGAAUCUUUGUCGAGCGAAGAAGAGAGCAGCGAAGACGAAACUAAGGCAGUCCCAACAAAAGCAGCUGCAACUUUGAAGGCACAGAAUAAAUCGACGCCAGCAAAAGUAGUUAAAAAAGCAGAAUCGUCAUCGAGCGAAGAAGACAGCAGCGACGAGGAGGAACCAGCGCCGAAAAAAACAGCUCUCAGUAAACCAACAGUACCAACAAAAGUAGCUACCAAGAAAGAAUCUUCAAGCGAGGAAGAUAGCAGCGAGGAGGAGCAGCCUGUUAAAAAACCAAUCUCAGCAGCUGCUACUAAGAAGUUAACUCCGGCCGGUAAAAAAGAAGAAUCCUCAAGCGAAGAAAGUAGCGAAGAUGAAUCUCCUGUCAAAAAACCAGCUUCCACUAAGCAAAAUGCUGCCGCUAAUAAAAUUAGUUCCGUAAAGAAAGAUUCGUCAAGCGAUGAUUCGGAGGAUGAAUCUGAUGAAAAAGAGAAACCAGCGACGAAAACAGUAGCGAAAGCAGCGGUUAAUAAAACACCGAAGAAGCAGGAAUCUUCCAGCGAAGAGUCAGAUGAUUCAGAAGAUGAGGCACCGACAAAAGCACCAGUCAAGGCACCCACCAAAAAGGAAUCCAGCGAAUCCAAUUCAGAUUCCAGCGACUCCAAUAAAGAGAAGGCAAAAAUUCAAACGCCAGCUAAGGGACAAAAAAGGAAGCAUGACAAUGAUGAAGAAAAAACGCCAGCAAAAGGUGCAAGAAAUAACUAUGGAAACUUUGUAAAAGCUAAUAAUAGCUUCGACGGAGAUAAGUCACAGAAAACUCGUACAUUUCAACGUGUGCAAAGCGACAUCCAAUUGGAUCCUAAGUUGGCUAAUAAUUCCUUCGAAGCAAAGAAAGGUGCACGAGGAUCAUGGGGAGAACGCGCUAAUGAAGUACUGAAGUUUACAAAGGGCAAGAAGUUUCGGCAUGAGAAGCAAAAGAAGAAGCGUGGCUCUUACCGCGGCGGGCACAUAGAUGUACAAGUUAAUUCCAUCAAAUUCGACUAUUAAGCAGUUAUACACAAACAAUUCGUGAUUCUUUAUAACCAUAUUUAAAUCCAUAAAAUAAUUUUAAAUUUAAUACCGACUUAUACCUAUUGUAAACAAUGUAUCUAUGUUAAAAUAUAUAAGACAGCUGUUGUCUAGUAUUUUAAAGAAAAGACGAGAUUUUAUAACAAGUUCGGUUGAUACAUUCACUGAUGGACAAUUGAAGCUAUAUAACUGAAAUCAUACUGGAAGUGAAAUAUUUAGCAUAUUUGGCGAAAUAUGUGCACAUAAAAUUUCAUUGAGCUAAAUAUUUGCGUUUAUAAUUCUAUAGAUAACUACAUAUAUGUUGUAUGCAUUUAACUGAUUUUGCUAUUCGAGAAAAUAUUGAACAUACUGUUAUCAAACAAUAUAUACUUGACAAAACCGCAAUUUUUUAUUUUUUCAGUUAUUUUCUCAUGAUUUUCUAUAUCUGUAUGUCAUGAAGGUCUGUGAAUUUUAUUAAAGAUAAUUCACAAGUGCUAAUAA